GACAAAUUCUAUUAAGAUUUAAAGUUAAAUUAGUAGAAAUAUAUAUUUGCAUAAUUUUAUGUUAUUUUAAUUCGUGAAUUUGAAGUAUCAGGGAUAGAAAAUAACUGGGUUGAAUAGUUUAACAGAGGCAGAAGAUGACAGAAUUAUUGAAGUCAGUAUUUUAUAUGCUCUAUUGUUCCAUCUCCAAAUGUGAAGAAAUGCAACCCUCUCCACCCCCUCCACCAUCUGAAGACUCGAACUUCAAAAUUAUUCUUGAACUGGUACUAGAUAAAAUGAAUAAUUUUCCUUGGAAUGUACCCGAGAUGAUGGCUUUUUCUGGAUACUAUAUCAAGAACUUUUGCUGCAAGUUGUUACUUGGAAGACCCUGCGCAACGCCGCCAAUUCCUGAUGAAAUCCCCAAUUCUGAUCCAAAGAGUGAUACGACAUUUUACUUUUAUUAUUUGCAAGUUACAAUGUUUAUUGGAUCAGUUCUAAUUUUGGUUGCUGUUCUUAGCAAGAUAGCAAUUGCAAGAAGGCCACGAACUAGAUCCAGACUCACAUCAACAAAACCUAAGGUGGACCAUGAAGAAAACACUGAAGAAUUAUCACCGGCAUCUCGUUAAAUUCUCUUUCUCGUUUACAGCAGCUUUA